AUGGGCUGGGAAAGUUUCAGCGUCGAUCGCGGAGCAACAAGCGGGCCGGGCUUUUGGCAGCCUGGCCCCUUCGGUACGGCAGCUUUCGCUUCGUUUUACCGAGCCGGAGCCGACGGGCCCGGUUCAUGCCGGGGCUCAGCCGCCGUCUCCGGCUCCACCGCCGCCGCCGCCGCCGUCGUCGUCGUCGCCGGGCCCGGGCUUAAACGCGGAGCCGCCGCGUUGGCCCAGCGUCCCGGCGAUGCGGAAACUCUUCGGGGAAAGCUGCCGGCAGCCUGCGGGGGGAGCGGGGAAUGGGACCGGCGCCGCGUCCCGCACCCGGCUCUCCGUUCUCCCCGCGGAGCUCCGCCGGAGCCCGGCCCGCAUUCCUGGCAUAACUCGGCUCGACCGCAACCGCCCUCCUCCUCCUCCUCCCCGUCGCCCCGCUCCAACGGGGAGGAUGAAGCCACGGCGCCCCGUUCUCCCCGCGCUUCGUCCGGCAGCGAAGGCGAAGGGCAAAGCGGCGCCCACCGUCACCGCGUCGCCCGGAAGAAGAAGAAGGAGAGCGGCGGUUGGGAGAGCCCGGCGGAUGGCGGCGAGGCCGAGGCCGAAGGCUGCGGGCGGGCGGUCGCCCGUCACCCCUUGCCCGUGGUGGCCCGCGUCUCCAAGGUGAACAUCCUGCCCUUCGGCAGCCCCGGCGGGUCGCGGAGCGGCAGCCGUUACUCCAGCACGGAGACGCUGAAGGAAGAGGAGCAGUUUGGGGUCUGUUGGCCCAACCAAGGACGGACUCUCCCGGCGGGUUACGGCGUCUAUCGGUCGCCCAGUUUCGGGACGAGCGACGGCCUGGCGUGGGGGCAGCCGGCGCUCCGCGUCCGUCCCAAGCUGCCGCAGGGCGCGGCCAAGGCGAAACCGGACUUUGGGAGCGAGAGCCCGCACCAGCCGGGGCUGGAAGGGGAGCGGGCCGAGCACCGCAAGUCCUUGUCCAACCCCGACAUCGCCACAGAGACCCUGACCCUCCUCAGCUUCCUCAAAUCAGACCUCUCGGAGCUGAAGGUGAAGAAGAAGGGGGUGAGGAUCGGCCUCGACGCCGGCUCCGACGGCUGCUCCGGCAUCGCCACCCCCUCCCCGGGCAGCCGCAGCGCCGCUCAGCCCCCCAACCGCUGGGCGCCGGGCGAGCGGCCAACGCUCAAGGACCUGACGGCCACUUUGCGUCGUGCCAAGUCCUUCACCUGCUCCGAAAAAUCAGGGACGCGGCGGCUUUUCCUACAGAGCGCCAUGAAGCAGAGCUCCUCCGAGCUCCUCCUGGCCACCGCUGACGGCCAGGACCGGGUGGCUUCGGAUGGGGGACAGCGGGGGGACGAGGAUGCCCUCCCCGUGGUCAUCCAGGACCAGUACAUCCAGGAGGCGAGGCAGGUCUUUGAGAAGAUCAGCAGGAUGGGUUCCCAGCAGGACUACGGCUUCGUGGCCGAGCAGAAGGACAGCGGAGGUAACCUCGCUCGCAGGAAAUCCGUGGAGGAGCUGUCGGGUCACGAGUCGAGCGUGACGGACGAGGGCAUCGUCACGGAGCCGGAACCCGUGGGGAUGCCCUUCCAAGACCUGCAUGAAGCCGUGGACGCCUGGACGCUGCCCAACGCCGGGCCGGCAGCCGGUGACACCGAAACGCCAUUGCCCGCUCACCCGGCAGCGGCAGUUGAAGACCUUCCAGCUGGCAAAUCCGAGACACCGAGCACCCCCGGCAGCUUGCGCCGCCGCCGUAAGUUCCCCUCGGCAGGUCCCAAUGGGAUGGAGGGUGGCAGCGAGGGUGGCACCGAGCCCUACCGCUCCCUGAGCGACCCCAUGCCCCACCGGAGAUGCUCGGUGGCGGAGGAGGCGAAGAAUUUCUCCGUCGACAGCAACCUCCUGGGCUCGCUGAGCGCCAAGGCGGGCAUCCCCCAACCCGCCGCCAUCGCAGGCAGCGCAGGCAGCGCAGGCAGCGACCUGUCACUCGGCAGCGAUGGGCCGCGGGACUACAGCAGCCUCAUCCGAACCAUUGUCAGCCAGCCCGGCGCCAUGGCUAAACUCAUCGACGAGAAGGGCAACGGCAAGACCAUCAAGAAGAAGUCAUUGAGCGACCCCAGCCGCCGCGGUGAGCUGCCAGCUGGCGCCUUCGAAGGUCCCGGUGAGGCCAUCAGCGAGCUGGAGCCCAGCAUCCCACCGUCCAGCAGCGAGCCCAUCCUCUCGGCACAACCAGCAGCGCCGGGCACCGGCCGCGGCUAUGGCUUUGACCCCAAGUUGGCCGAUGUGUUGUCCCCUCGCAUUGCCCGGCGCAGCUCCAAGAAGCGCUCCAACCGCGCGGCUCACCAGGAAAACCAACCGCCGCCAGCACCUGCCGUCCACACCACCAAAAGUCGCCCGGCCACCAAGCACGUCCGUCACACCAGCGAGCCUGCCACCUUCGUCCCCAUCACCGUCCCCGAGCCGCUUGUCCCCUCCGGCCACCACAGCCACCUCCCCGCACCGGUUGCCGCCCGCUCACCCGGCAAAUCCUUCCCGACCCUCCAACCUCCUUCGUUGGAGGAUGUCACCAAGCGGUACAUGCUGGCCCUCAACUCAGGUGACGCGUCCCCCGGUCCUGGGGAUGGACCCCGCUCUCCACCCACUGCCCCACAGCCCCGGCUGCCCCGGUGCCCACGGCCGCCCGACGAACACGGCCCCAGGACCAAGCCGCAGGUGGACAUGAGGAAACACGUCAUCAUGACGCUGCUGGACACGGAACAGUCCUACGUGGAGUCCUUGCGCACCUUGAUGCAGGGUUACAUGAAGCCGCUGAAGCAGCCGGAGAACUCGCUGCUGUGCGACCCGUCGCUGGUGGACGAGAUCUUCGACCAGAUCCCUGAGCUGCUGGAGCACCACGAGCAGUUCCUGGAGCAGAUCCACGACUGUGUGCAGAACUGGCAUGAGAAGCAGAAAGUGGGCGACCUCCUCGUGCAGUCGUUCUCCAAGGAUGUGCUGGUGAACAUCUACUCCGCCUACAUCGAUAACUUCCUCAACGCCAAGGAUGCUGUCAGGAUCGCCAAGGAAGCCCGGCCGGCGUUCAUGAAGUUCCUGGAGCAAAGCAUGCGGGAGAACAAGGAGAAGCAGGCUCUGUCCGACCUGAUGAUCAAGCCGGUGCAGAGGAUCCCACGAUACGAGCUGCUGGUGAAGGACCUGCUGAAGCACACGCCAGAGGACCACCCCGACCACCCUUUCCUCAUCGACGCCCAGCGCAACAUCAAGCAAGUGGCUGAGAGGAUCAACAAGGGCAUGAAGAGUGCGGAGGAGGUGGAGAGGAACGCCCGGAUCGUGCAGGAGAUUGAGUCCCACAUCGAAGGGAUGGAGGACCUCCAGGCCCCGCUCCGUAGGUUCCUGCGCCAGGAGAUGGUCGUGGAAGUGAAGGCGGUGGGUGGGAAGAAGGACCGUUCCUUCUUCCUCUUCACGGACCUGCUGGUGUGCACCACGUUGAAGCGCAAGUCGGGCUCCCUCCGCCGCAGCUCCAUGAGCCUGUAUACGGCGGCCAGCGUGAUUGACACCGCCAGCAAGUACAAACUGCUCUGGAAGCUGCCACUGGAGGACGUGGACAUCGUCAAAGGUGCCUCUCAAGCCACCAACCGGGAGAGCAUCCAGAAAAGCAUCUGCCGCCUGGAUGAAGACCUCAGCACAUUGGGGCAAGUCAGCAAGCUGUCGGAGACCCUCAGCUUCCCCCACCAGAGCCUGGACGACGUGAUCAAGGACCUGAUGGCCGCCAUCCACCGGGAGCUGGCGGAGAAGCAAUCCCUGUCCUUCAGCAUGGCCUUCCCCCCCAACAAGGUAGAGCUCAGCACUACCAAAGCCGACGGCACCGAGUCCUUCAUCUUUGAGUUUCCCAACCCCGACGCCCGGCUCGGCUUUGAGCAAGCCUUCGAGGACGCCAAGAAAAAGCUGGCUUCCAGCAAAAACUGCCUGGACCCGGAGUUCCUCAAGGCCAUCCCCAUCAUGAAGACACGGAGCGGGAUGCAGUUUUCUUGUGCUUCUCCCAGCCACGGCAGCCCGGAAAGCUCCCACGAGGUUUGGGUUUGCAACAGCGAUGGUUACGUGGGGCAGGUUUGUUUGCUCAGCAUCCGUAAGGAGCCCACGGUGGAGGCGUGCAUCGCCGUCUGCUCUGCCAGGAUCCUCUGCAUCGCCUCCGUGCCCGGUCUCAAGCGGGCAUAUAGGGAGCGUGCCGAGCCGGUGGGCAGCCCCCCCUCGGAGCCGAUGCCGGCGCAGCCGGAGGAUGCGGGGCCGCAGCCGUGCCUGCACAUCUCCAUCUCGGGUUCGUCGCUGGAGCUCUCGGAGCCCGUCGACGGCAGCAACAGGGAGCUGGUGCCCUUUGAUAGCGAUGACACGGAUGACGAGUCCUCGCCCAGUCCCUCGGGGACGCUGCAGAGCCAAGCCAGCCACUCCACCAUCUCCUCCAGCUUCGGCAACGAAGAGAUCUCAAGCUGCAAGGAGGCAACGGCAGAGACGACGAGCUCAGAGGAAGAGCAAGAACCCGGCUUCAUGCCCAUCACCGGCACCUACAGCCAAAACCGGCACGGCGAGAGCCCCACUGACGGGCGAGCCCUGCGCCGCUCCAGCCGCGGCUCCUUCACCCGGGGCAGCCUCGAGGACCUCCUCAGCCUUGACCCUGAAGCCCAUCAGAGCUCCAUGUGGUUGGGCACCGAGGAUGGCUGCAUCCAUGUGUACCAGUCCUCGGACAACAUCCGUAACAGGAAGAACAGCAUGAAGAUGCAACACGCUGCUGCUGUCAUGUGCAUCUUGUACCUGGAUAACCAGGUUUUUGUGUCGUUGGCCAACGGGGAGCUUGUUGUCUACCAGCGGGAGGCAGGCCGCUUCUGGGACCCCCAAAACUCCAAGUCCCUGUCCCUGGGCUCGCCGGGGAGCCCCAUCACCAAGAUGGUGGCGGUGGCGGGGAAGCUCUGGUGCGGCUGCCAAAACCGAGUCAUCAUCCUCAACACCACCACGUUGGCGCAAGAGCACACGCUCCAGGUGGGACAGGACAGUGGGCGCAGCGUCACCUGCAUGGUGAGCGCGGGGACCGGCGUGUGGGUCGCGCUGCAGAGCAGCGCCCAGGUCCGGCUUUACCAUGCCACCAGCUACGAGCAGUUGGCUGAAGCUGAUAUCACCCCCCCGGUACACAAGAUGCUUGCCGGCUCGGAUGCCAUUAUCCGGCAGCACAAGGCAGCCUGCCUGCGGAUCACGGCUCUCCUGGUGUGCAAGGACUUGCUGUGGAUCGGGACCAGCGCCGGCGUCGUGCUGACCCUCGCCGUCUCGGCCAAGGCGGCCCCGGCGUUGGUGGGGCUCUCCCAGGGUCACACCGGCCACGUCCGCUUCCUCACCGCCAUCGAGCUGCCCGACGGUUUCGACGUCCUCUUCCCAUUGCCGAGGGAGAUGGGGGCCGAGAAGGCGAGCGAGGCAGAGAAGCGAGACCCGUCGCGGCCCCGCGCCCCCGCCCUCACCCUCUCCAAACCCAAGAUGCUGGUGAUCAGCGGGGGGGACGGCUACGAGGAUUUCCGCUUGACCAGCAGCAGCGAGACGGUGGGCCGGGACGACAGCACCAACCACCUCCUUCUCUGGAGAGCGUGA